AUUGAUAAGAAAUUCUGCGAAUGUACCUCGGUAAUUUGUGAGUAGAGGGCAGUAUAUAAAUGGCUUGCACGGUACACCAAGGCAAGUUAUUCUUUCGAGUUCUCUUGAGUUACGAUACUACCACAAAGUUUGCUGCCUAGUUCGAACCGCCGCCAAAUUCUUCAAAAAUGUUCAAGUUGGCCAUAGCCAUUUUGUGUUUGGCCUUGGUCGCCGACGCUGCACUCGUACGCAUACCGUUAAAAAAGAGCGGCAAGCGUAAUUCCCUUAAGGAUAUAAAAGCUCAGGGAGCUAUGCUACGUAGCAAAUAUAAUUCAACAUUAUUUGCCACAUCCGAACAAUUGAGCAACGCUUACAACGAUGCCUACUAUGGACCCAUCACCAUUGGCACGCCACCACAGAACUUUCUCGUUCUCUUUGAUACCGGCUCGUCGAACUUAUGGGUACCGGGCGCACCCUGUGCGGACAGCGAUCUAGCUUGUCUAUAUCACAAUACCUACAAUGCGAGCGCCUCCUCCACUUAUCAGGCAAAUGGUGAGGCUUUCGCCAUCCAAUACGGCAGCGGCAGCCUUUCGGGUUACUUGGCUCAAGACACGGUAACGAUUAGCGGCAUGAACAUUACUGGACAAACGUUUGCAGUAGCUACCUCCGAACCUGGUGACACAUUCGUCUACUCGGACUUCGAUGGCAUUCUUGGCAUGGGCUAUCAACAAAUCUCUGUUGAUAAUGUAGAACCACCAUUCUAUAAUUUGUAUACAGAAGGUUGGAUCGAGUCCCCGGUCUUCGGUUUCUACCUAGCACGUAAUGGAUCAGACACCGAUGGUGGUGAACUUACACUUGGUGGCAUUGAUUCAAGCCAUUAUGUUGGUGAACUCACCUAUGUGCCGGUCUCGAGUGAAGGCUAUUGGCAAUUCCAGAUGGGUUGGGUCAGCAUUAGCGACACUUUGGCAUGCGUCUAUUGCUCAGCCAUUGCCGACACCGGCACCAGUUUGAUUGGUGUUCCCACUGAGUUGUAUGCCAACAUUCAAAGCGGCAUUGGUGCUCAACUCAAUGAAGAUGGUGAGUACGUUGUGAAUUGCUCUCAGGUGGCUAGCUUGCCGAAUGUUUACUUCUAUAUGGGUGGCACAAUGUUCAACCUCACCAGUUCUGAUUACAUAAUCGAAGGAGAAAAUUAUUAUGGUGAGACAGUUUGUAUGUCUGUCUUCGAGGAUUCCGGCAUGUCUUUGUGGAUCCUUGGCGAUGUCUUCAUUGGAAAGUAUUACACCGUUUUCGAUUGGGGCAACAACCAAGUUGGUUUUGCUCCAGCUGCAAUCAAUAGUACGGCUUCCAGUUCCAGCUCCAGUUGCGUCUGCGCCUGACUUAAAAGAAACACAUGGAAAACCAAGGACUGGCUAAAGGAGUUGAAACUAAUUGUGUUAUAUAACCUCUUUUACUAUUUGAUUUCAUAAAUAUUAGAAAAAAGCACUUCUUCUUUGUUAUGUUUGAAAUUUUUCGUACUACCGACUUUUGAAGGAUACAUUUUGAGGUGAUCAUAGAGUUUGAUUGAUAAAUGAAUUGAGCUUACGAAAGUGCAAUAAAUUCAGGUAACA